UGCGGGUGACUCCGGCCCCUGGCUAGAGGGUAGGCGGCGUGGAGCAGCGCGCGCAGGCGAGGCCAGUGGAAGGUGGGCGCAGGUGAGGGGCCGAGGUGGGCGCAGGACUUUAGCCGGUUGAGAAGGAUCAAGCAGGCAUUUGGAGCACAGGUGUCUAGAAAGUUUUAAGGGGCCGGUUCAAGAAGGAAAAGUUCCCUUCUGCUGUGAAACUAUUUGGCAAGAGGCUGGAGGGCCCAAUGGCUGCAAAAUCGCAACCCAACAUUCCCAAAGCCAAGAGUCUAGAUGGCGUCACCAAUGACAGAACCGCAUCUCAAGGGCAGUGGGGCCGUGCCUGGGAGGUGGACUGGUUUUCACUGGCGAGCGUCAUCUUCCUACUGCUGUUCGCCCCCUUCAUUGUCUACUACUUCAUCAUGGCGUGUGACCAGUAUGGCUGCGCCCUGACCAGCCCCAUGGUGGACAUCGUCACCAGACGUGCUCGGCUCUCGGACAUCUGGGCCAAGACUCCACCUAUAACGAGGAAAGCCGCCCAGCUCUAUACCUUGUGGGUCACCUUCCAGGUGCUUCUGUACACGUCUCUCCCUGACUUCUGCCAUAAGUUUCUACCCGGCUACGUAGGAGGCAUCCAGGAGGGGGCCGUGACUCCUGCAGGGGUUGUGAACAAGUAUCAGAUCAACGGCCUGCAAGCCUGGCUCCUUACGCACCUGCUCUGGUUUGCAAACGCUCAUCUCCUGUCCUGGUUCUCACCCACCAUCAUCUUCGACAACUGGAUCCCACUGCUGUGGUGUGCCAACAUCCUUGGCUAUGCCGUCUCCACCUUCGCCAUGGUCAAGGGCUACUUCUUCCCCACCAGCGCCAGAGACUGCAAAUUCACAGGCAAUUUCUUUUACAACUACAUGAUGGGCGUCGAGUUUAACCCUCGGAUUGGGAAGUGGUUUGACUUCAAGCUGUUCUUCAAUGGGCGCCCCGGGAUCGUCGCCUGGACUCUCAUCAACCUGUCCUUCGCAGCGAAGCAGCGGGAGCUCCACGGCCACGUGACCAAUGCCAUGGUCCUGGUCAACGUCCUGCAGGCCAUCUACGUGAUUGACUUCUUCUGGAACGAAACCUGGUACCUGAAGACCAUUGACAUCUGCCAUGACCACUUCGGGUGGUACCUGGGCUGGGGCGACUGUGUCUGGCUGCCUUACCUUUACACGCUACAGAUGAGAAAUGCUGCUGUGGAGGCUGAGUAGAGGCAGGAACAGCUGCCUUCCCUUUAAGACUUGGAGAUGACCCUGGGGAGGACAGCAAAGGUGUCUGCAGAACCAUCCGGGCUGUUUCCCCAUGGACAGGAAUGCAGGGAGCUGCAGGGAGCUGCAGGGAGGGUCACCACGGCCGUCUGUACCUUGGAAUACACUAAGAUCUCCAGGGUGUGGUGGUCCUAUGCCCACACAUCCCACUGUUAGGAGUGUCCUCACAGUUAUAUCCUGCCAUGUGCAAAAUGGCUGCAAGUUCAAGGCUGUACAUUGCAGUGCCCUGUGCAAAAAACCGUGAAAAGAUUGGAAACAAGUUAUGUGAAUCAACAGGUGACUGGUUAAUUAAGUGCAUCUGCAUGAUGGAAUGUUAUGAAGCUCUCAAAAAGAAUAGGGCAGUCAACUGAUGAUGAAUCACAUUAACUUAAUAAGGAAGAAAAACCACUUUAUUAUAUCAAAUAGAUGGAGAAAAAAGGACACUAAUUCAUGAUAAAAACUCAAAGACAUCCAUAGAAAACCUACAGCUAGUUUCAUAUUUAAUGAUGAGAUACUGGAUUCUCUCCCAAUAAGAUCAAGAACAUGGCAAGAAUGUUCACUGCCACUUCUUCCAAAUUACAUUAGAGAUCCUAGAGAUUGCAAUAAGGCAAGAAAAAAAUUUAAAAAGACAUAGAUUGGGAAGAAAUAAGUAAAUUAGCACAAUUCACAAGAUUGUUAUGUAGGAAAGAGUUAACACAACAGGCCCUAACUACUCUGUUUGGAAAGGCCUGCCUGCAAGGUAGGCCCUUGAGUGGCAUCUGGGAAUUUAGAUUUGGGUAAAGUUCUCACCACUCUAAUUGAUAAGAGUAGCUCACUGUGCCUAGACUGUUGGUACAAAUAGUAUGCCUUUUGGUUCACUUGCUUUCCUUCUGGAGGUCUAGAAUUUUGACACAUGCCAAGCAGAGGCUGGAUAUGGUAUAAGGCCAGCACUCCUGAAAAGUCCUGGCUGCUUAAUCUCAAAUGAGCUUCCCUGAUUGGUAACAUGUCACACGUAUUGUCACAACUUGUUGCUGGGAAAAUUAAGCAUGUCCUGCACGACCCCACUGGGAGAGACCCUUUGAAGUUUAUGCCUGGUCUCCCCCAGACUCUACUCUCAUGCACCUUUUCCCUCUGCUGAUGUUGACUUUUAUCCUUUCCCUGGAAGCUGCAGUUUUCUGAGCCUUCUUAGUGAAUCAUCAGACCUGAGGCUGGUCUUUACCAUUCCCCACAAUAGUUAUGCAGAAAAUCCUAAGAAGUCUACAAAAAAAGCUACUAGAACUAAUAAGUGAAUUUAGUGAGGUUGCAGGAUACAAGGUCAAUAUCGAAAAUCUAUUUUAUUUCUAUUCUUGCAAAAAAGUAAUCAUAUCAAUUUUUUGAUAACAUUUACUGUAUUGAAAACACAGCAGACUUAGAAUGAAAUUUUAAUUAAAAAUAUAGAAGACUUACUGUAUUUUGGAAACCACAAUUAUUUCUGAGAGAAAUUAAAGAAGAGCUAAAUAAAUAAAUGGGUGUGCCACAUUUA